AUGGUGCAAAUAUAGUUAGAUCAGUGUGAAUUGUUUGGAGAAUUCGGUGUUAUUAUAUAGAUCAUUCUUGGUGUUUCCUCUAUUUUGAGUCUCCUAGGUAUUAAUCAUGCUUUCAUCUUAUAUAUAGUCAAAAGAUUGUUUGAGUUUCCUAGAAGAACAUGGAAAAUCUUCUUCUUGGAUAUUUCCAAGUAAGGGUUCUCUGCUUUUCUAGCACAUUGUUUGAACUUGUUCUUGGCUGUAGUGCUUCAGCAAUUAGCCAAGAGAGGUGAUGGAUGUAUUUGGUAUUUCGUAAAUCUCUCUAUGGAUACAACAUUUGGUAUUUUCCUUUGCUGGGCCUUUCAUAAAGUUAUCGAUAGAGUUGCAGUAUUAAAAAGUGGAGUUUACUACAAUGAGAAUGAUCCCUAAGAAGAUGAUUACAUUGACUAUAGAAUAUGGGUUGUCAAGAUAUUGUUGUUUGUAUUUCAACUUUAUUACUCUGAGUAACUAGAACUUUUGGGUGAAUAUGCACUUGCUGAUUUCAAAGAUAAUCCUAAAUUAGAAUUGGUAUUUGUAAUGAUCAUCUUGCCUGUCACGCUUAAUUCUAUACAAUAUUGGAUCUAAGACAACUUCUUAAUGGGCAAUAAAUAUAUUGAAGAGCGCAAAGAAAGACUCUUACAACUGGAAUAAUUUAAAAUUGUAGAAAACGACUUUGUCAUGAUUGAUCCUCAAAUGGAAAAAAGACCAAGUAGAUUAAUUAGACAAAUAGAAGAGGGUAUCUACAACAUCAAGCCAGAAGACUAUAAUGAAGAUGGGGAAUUAAGAUCUCCAAGCUAGGUUAGAGAUGAAGAUGGCGAUAUUGUACCCUUUAAACACAAUUAAGUAAUGUCUGACCAAGAUUAUUAAAGUUUAAACAAUGAAAUAAGAUAGGAAAGGUAUAGCUUCGAAAAAAAUGAGAAAUAAAUGAAAGAUGAUCAGACCGAUAGACAGCAUUGA